AUGAGAUACCCCCAGGGUCCCCAGACUGUGAUGGCAUGCCAAGCAGGGGGCCGGGACCCGUGCCCGUGCACCCCACUGCACACCCGUUUCAGCCUGGACGGCGGUCGAUCCCAGGAGCUGAGCAGGUUUUACCAGCUGACCCAGCAGCACCGUGAGUUUUACCGGGACAAGAGCGGGAUGCUGUAUGUCCUUCCAUACUUUGUGCUGCCCUCGAAGGAAAAGGAGAGAUAUCCUCAUCCACUCGACCUCCCACCGCUCAGUGCGAAGACCCGCUGGCAUUUGCUGCGAGUGUCACUGGUGAACCUGCGGACCUACCAGACCUUCCCCUCGGGGAAGAGAGUCACCUCCCAAGAGAGAGAGACCCGAGACAGCUUUUUCGAGUACCGAGCCUAAGCAAUGGCGUCCACCCUGCCCGCGGUGGAAACUGGGUUUUCCAGCUGGGAGUGGAGCCACAGGAAAAUAAAGGAGAGGGAGCUGCCGGCUGUCUCGGGCUCUGUGUGCCAUGGGGACCUGCCCGCGUGUGGCAGGGAUGC